UCUGCCUGGACUCGGGUUAAUCGGCUCACAUUUAGCAGCCUCGACACAGAACUGUCACGUUAGUGUGGAUCUGAUACCAACGUCGGUUUCGCUUCAUCGAUGCUUGUAUCGAUCCGCCCAGCCUGAGUUGAAGCAGCAAUGAGUUCGUAUCAGUAUCUGAGAGAGUUCAUCAAGGAGAGACUAACUGCUGUUUGUGAAGAAAUCUUCUCAGAGGUUCAAAAAACCAUUGUCCAGUAUGAGGAGGAGAUCAACCGUCAGCACAGACUGCUGGAUAUCAGCCGGAAACCCGACAGAAACUCACACAUCAUAGACCUCCAACAGCAACAUGUCAUUGAGAAGGAGGAGGUUCUUACAGACCAACAGGUGUGUAUCCAAGAAAGGAACUCCAGUCUGACUGAGGAGGACCCAGAGCCUCCACAGAUUAAAGAGGAACAGGAGGAACUCUGCACCAGUCAGCAGGGAGAGCAGCUUGGACUGAAGCAGGAGACUGAUUCCUUCAUGGUGACAGCCGCUUAUGAGGAAAGUGCACACACUGAAUCAGAAGCAAACGGUGAGCAUCUCCUUUCUCACAGCUUUCCUGAAGCAGAGAGCCGAGAUCAGAAAGCAAUCCAGCAUGUGGACUCAGGAUCAACUAGAAAUGCAGAGCUAAAGAAGAGGAGUCAUCACAGAAACGGCAGUCACAGUCAGAGAGUAGACAACCCUGCUGUUUCAGAGAGUCAAAGUAAAACUGACACAAGGAAAAAGUCUCUGAAAUGUGACGUCUGUGGAAAACAUUUUCAGUUUAAAUGCCACCUGAAUGCACAUCUGAGAGUUCACAAAGGCGACAAACCAUAUUCAGGUAGAACCAGUGGUAAGGGGGCUCAUUCUUGUAGCACCUGUGGAAAAAGUUUUCACAACAAAUCCGCCUUGACUGUACAUCUCAGAAUUCACACAGGUGAGAAACCGUAUUCUUGUAGCACCUGUGGGAAACAAUUCCGUCAGAUAUCAGCUUUGAAAAGUCAUGGUAACUGUUACACAGGUGAGAAACCGUAUCUUUGUAGCACUUGUGGUAAAAGAUUUUCCUAUAAAUCACAUUUUGAGUCUCAUGUAAGGAUUCACACAGGUGAGAAGCCCCAUAUCUGUAACGUCUGUGGGAAAAGAUUCAGUCAGCGUGCACAUUUGUAUUAUCACUUAAAAAUUCAUACAGGUGAGAAGCCGUAUCUUUGCAGCACCUGUGGGAAAGGAUUCAGAGAGAACUAUGAGUUGCAACGUCAUAUAAGAAUUCACACUGGUGAGAAACCGUAUUCCUGUAGCAUCUGUGGGAAAAGAUUCAGUCAUCCCGGACACUUAAAGAGACACAUGAAAAUCCAUACUGAUUAAAGUUUCAUGCUUAGAAAAUGUUGGACCGCUGUGAGUGGUUCUGCCAUUUUUGUUUUUUGUUUUUUUAAAUUAGCCUCGUGGUCAGCACUGACAUAUGGAGGCACUGCUCUUUAUUUACCUGUUGCCAUGGUGAAUUGAGAUAUUGGAGCUCCAUUAAUGAUGGCUUCCUUUCUCUACUCUGAUCAGCUGUUUUGUAACCAAACACUCAAAGCCUCUUUUGAAAUUAGUAGCUUCUUGGAUCAACUUGCCACAACUUGACUGGUUUUCCUUUUUUUUUUUUUUUUUUUUGUCUGUCCCAUUUGGUUCUUUAGCCGUCAGAAUUGUUGUCUGAAGACCAACAAGGAUACCAAAUGGAUUUAUUUUGCCAAAUAGAUCCAUUUGAUCAAACUUUGUUGUUAUUAUUUAUUUUAUUUUCAGUUGUUACAGAUGGGACAGACAUGACUGGGGGAUAGGAAAGGGAGAAAGAAAGAGAGGAAGGAAAAGAAAAACAGAAGGGAAAAGGGACAGUGAGAAAGGGCACUUACAAAGACAAAGAGGAAAAAAAAAUCUCCUGGAUCACCUGUUGAGAGAAAAAGAAGAGAAAACAAGCAAACAAAAAAAAACAAAAAAACAAAGCAACAUACUAAACACAACAUCAUCACGUUAAUCUAGCUAAGUGUGAACAGCAGUAAAUACUAAAUAUUGAAAGUUGUUGUGCAGCACGCAGGACAGACAGCGCACAAUGUGCUUUGAAGUAGCAGCUAAGAAAGGUGUAGUUUAUGUCUACGAACAGUGAACACCCGUGUGCACACCUGUGUGGAUCAGCGCGCUUGUAUACAAAAGGUUUCUCCAUGUAACGGUCUGCUAGAGGGUGUGGGGGGCCAUAGCCCCGUCCCCCAGGGCAUGAAGCAGGCAUGGAGGACAUCCAGGCUCCAGACAUCCAGAGGCCCCAGAGUGCGAGAGCCCAAGGAGUACCACCGGAGGGGCAUCCGUGCCACCCUCCUGGGAAGGGCUGAGGAGAUCCCCAGACGAGGGGGUCACCCAGUAGCCACGGAGCAGAAGCCAGAGGGGGCUGCACUGGCGUGCCCGCCGGCUCUGCCGGCAGCCAGCUGUGCCAGAGUGAACCGAGUCGCAGGCCCCGAGGCCGGAGGCCCAAGGGCCCCCUUUGCCCCGGAAGAGGCCUGACCGAGCGACAGGCACCAGGCCCCGCCAAGUAGCCACCGGGAGUGAGCUGGUGCAUACCUGAGCGCCCAGCCCCGGACACCAAGAACCACCAAUGCACCAACCCCUGAGGGCAUCAGUUACCAGCAGGGAGUGUGGUGAGGGGAGAUAGGCCUCCACACUUUGGAGGGCCUGGGUGUUCCCAGAGAGGUGGAGUCUAAGACCCGACCUGACAUAUAGACACAGACAAACAGGCACACACAGACACAAACAUGCUUUCCCACCCUCAUGCACACAUAUACAAACAC